AAAAUGUGAUUGGUCAAGCUGUUCAUCCUGUAUCCUCCCUCUUGGUUACGCAAACAAAGCAUGUGAAAUAAUAACAAUCGCCUAAAGUUUACUACGUAUUUAUUAAUUUCCUCCGACCUAGUUUAUUUAAAAAGCUGCUAAGAACUUUCAGUGUUACGGAAUUUGCGCGUCGCUUUCUAAGCUACGUUCAUUUUUAAUCGCUUGCUGAGGCAAUAGCAAUACUAACUGGUACAGGUUUAGUACUUUGAGUAAGUCAUGCGAAAGGGGAAUGAUUUAAAUUUUAGAGUCUGUUAUUGCAAAAGAAACGUGUAAGCUGUUUCGGAACGUUUUAAUUGAAAGUGAAGCUUUUGCGUCCCCGGUCCCAGCUCUGGACAAGCAUGUUCCCGUUAGACUCGCCCUGGAACAUCUCCUUCGCAGGAUGCGGCUUCCUGGGGAUCUACCACAUCGGUGUGGCUAGCUGUCUGCAGGAGCAAGCACCCUUCCUGGUGCAGAACGCCAGACACAUCUAUGGAGCCUCUGCUGGGGCCCUCACCGCCACUGCUUUGGUCACUGGAGUGUGUCUUGGAGAUGCUGGGGCAAGCAUAAUUGAAGUUGCCAAAGAGGCAAGGAAGCGGUUCCUCGGACCCAUGCAUCCCUCCUUUAAUCUAGUGAAGAUUGUCCGUCAUGUCCUGAGGCGGACUCUGCCCACCGAUAGCCCCCAUCGGGCCAACGGACGACUGGGAAUCUCUCUGACCCGAGUGGCAGACGGAGAAAACGUCCUGGUGUCUCACUUCAACAAUAAGGAGGAGCUGAUUCAGGCAUGUGUCUGCAGUGCCUACAUCCCUGUGUAUUGUGGCCUCAUUCCUCCCACACUGCAAGGCGUGCGAUAUGUUGACGGGGGAAUCUCCGACAACCUGCCACAGUACGAGCUGAAGAACACCAUCACAGUCUCCCCCUUUUCCGGAGAGAGCGACAUCUGCCCUCGAGACACUUCCACCAACAUCCACGAGCUACGUUUCACCAACACAAGCAUCCAGUUCACCCUCACCAACCUAUACAGAGUCUCUAGGGCGCUUUUCCCACCAGAUCCAAUGGUCAUGAAGGCCAUGUGCAAGCAGGGAUAUAAAGAUGCUCUCCACUUUUUAAAGAGAAACGGAUUGCUUAAUUACACCGGGCCUCAAACAGACAAAGCUUUGCUGGCCAACAGAGAAGAACAUAAGGCUUGUGAUGAAGGGAAGGCUGAGAAAAACAAUGAGGCAGAAGAGAAGCCACAGGUGGAGGCAAAAGUGGUGCUUCAUGCCAGCUCCUCACUGGAUGAGCAUAUCAUCGAGUAUCUUCCACCUGCCGUGCACAAAGCUCUACUAGAGGCCUGCCUAGAGAGGAGGAGCCUGGUGCAAUCUCUGGGCAACCUGCUCCCUGUCAGGAUGGCAUCAGCCAUGAUGCUCCCCUACACUCUCCCUCUGGAGUCUGCCAUGUCCUUGACUCUCAGGCUUCUGGAGUGGCUUCCAGAUGUGCAGGAGGAUGUGGGCUGGAUCCGAGAGCAGAUACAGAAAAUCCUGCAACGUCUUCUGCGUCAGGCGUCCAGAAACUUUUCACAGCACAUAUCUGCCAGGCUGUUCUGCCACCUGGAGCUUCACCAUUACAGGUCCCUCUCAUCCAAGUCCAGCUCCAGCAACCUAUUUCCCACCUGGAUGAACAGCAGUGGCUCUUCAAUGCAGGACGUGUUCGACCGGUACAAGAACCGGCUGCUGUCUGGGGUUCUCUGCAUCGACGUGGACCUUCAAGGCUCCUUCAAAACCGGACAGAUCCCACCAGAGACCAGCCGCAUGGCCAGCUUUUUCCAACAAGACUUUGCAGAUCAUAAAGAUUAUUUUAAUAAUCCUCAAGGUGGCAAACCUGCUAAACCUUUGAGCCGAUCUAAGAGCUUUUGGUAGGCUUCAGCUGUGAUCACAAUCCUGAUGCUGGAAUAGUGAAAAACAAAAAUUACACUAAGAUAUGUUAAAGUUGCAAUGUCGAUAUUGCAUUUGAAAUGCAGUCAGCUACUUUGCGUACUGUUUGGAAGCAGUGAUAUAGAACUUUGAAAAAGAAUUGAUGCUUCCUUUAAGUUUACACCAACACAAAGUUGUGCAUAAUUGUGAAAUGGAAGAAAAAUUUAUGAUUUUCACUUUUUUUAGCUUGUGUUUGUAAUCAUCCCUGCUGGGGCAACGUCUCCCUGCAUGUAUACCUGGAAGCAUUUUGCGACAUGUUUCUGACAGCGUUAGAUAUCCAGAAACUGACAUUUUCACCCAUUCAUCAACCCCAGUCAGAAUGGAUGGAAAGGGAACGUGAAAAGCAAGUCUUUCCUCAGAUUCUCAACCAAAUUUAGGUCUGGACUUUGACUGGGCCUUUCCAACACAUAAAGAUGUUUCGGUUUUAGGUCUAAUACAUCCUCUAACAUGUUUUCUUCAAGAAUAGCCAAGUCUUACAACUUAUGACCUGCUUUCUUAACCUGGUGGAAUAGAACCAUCUCCACAUCACGGUACUGCAAUGUUUCACUGUCUGUCUGGUUAUUCUCUGCCACACUGUGUUUUUUUUUUUUUUUUACAAAUGCAUGAAGCAUGCCACAUGCCAUACACCACACUUUUCAGGUCUUUAAUUGUAAAUAAUCUUCAAAGCCAUGCAUUGAAGAUUGAAGAUUUCUUUUACUUCACAGUUAUGGUCGACUGUUUCAUUUUCUACUUAAAAUUUCAAAACGAGGCAAAAAUCUACAAAACUUCAAGAACCAUAAAUAGUUUUUUUGAGGCACAAGAACAUUUACUGGGUUUUCAACGUUCUUGGACCAAUGCCCGAGUCAGAAAUAAGCCGUUAGCUUCAGGCACUCAUGGAGUACUACAUCAACAGAAGCACACUUAAAAUUUGCACAGUUAGUCAGUCAUGCACAAACUUGAAUUACAGGAUGUCACAAAGAUUUAGCACAGUAAAAAAAAAAAAAAAAAAAAAAAAAAAAAAA